AGAGGAGCGCUUAGUAUGGAGAGCAUGCCAGGUGAGGGGAGAGGGGGAGAGGGGAAGGGGGGAUCGGACACGGGGGACACGAAGCCCCUGCUCCAGAGAGAGGGGGACGGGAGCAGGGCGGCGGAGGGGUCAGGAAAGGAGGAGGACAGAGAGUCCCUGAUGAUGGAACUGACUCGGCUGGUGCAGAAGGUGGUCAGGCGGAGCAGCUGGUGGGAGAGGCGGGGGAUUGACUGCGCCAUCCUGGCCUCUGCGUUCCUCUCUCUGCCUGCAGCCUUCCUGCUGCUGGGGUCCUCUUGUGGCCUGCUGUUUGCGCUGGGCGUGCUGGUCAUGGGCACUGCCCACGCCAUCAUCACCUUCAAGGGGGCCCACCUGGCCAGCCACGGAACGCUAAGCGAGUCCCAGGCUUGGAGCGACUUCUGGGCCGUGUUCUUCAUUGAGGUGUGCGGUGCUUUCACUGCCCGGGCGGGUGUCCACGCCCACAUCAAAAUGCACCACGCCCACACCAACAUCCUGGGCCUGGGCGACUCCAGCACCUGGCGCGCGCCCUUCCUGUCCCGCUCCGUCUACCUGUUCCUCGCCCCGCUGGCCGUGCCAAUCAUCACCCCCCUGGUGGCGCUGGGUCAGUUAAAGGACUACUCCCUGGAGCAGGCGGGGCGCACCGUGUCGAUGGUGUCACUGGGCCUGUACUCGCAGUACUGGCUGCUCAUCAAUGUCUCUGGGUUUCAGUCCCCUGCCAGCGCUCUGCUCUGCAUGCUGCUGUGCAGGGCUCUGUACUCCCUGCCCUACAUCCAUGUCAACAUCUUCCAGCACAUCGGCUUGUCCAUGUUCUCUCCGACCCGCCGGCCCAAACGGAUCCACCAGAUGACCCACGGCGUCCUGAACCUGCCCCGGAACCCAGUGCUGGACUGGACCUUCGGACACUCGCUCAUCAACUGCCACGUGGAGCACCACCUCUUCCCCUUUCUGUCCGACCACAUGUGUCUGAAGGUGAAGCCCAUUGUCUCCAGCUAUCUGAAGGAGAAGAAGUUGCCCUAUCAAGAGGAUAGUUACCUCUCUCGCCUCCAACUCUUUUUCCACAAGUACCAGGAGCUGAUGGUGUUUGCCCCACCCAUCACAGAGCUGGUGGGGGUGCAGUAACCAGGGGUGGGGAUGGGGGGACAAGGAUCCAAAGGUUGCGUGGUCCAAAAUGAACAUGAACAUGAAUUAUGUCUCAAACUGAAACUGAACCAGAGAUGACCACUGAUGGUCUUCUAUGCCACCUGUACCCCUUUCACACACAAAAACGCGUUUGACACGGGUUACUGUACAUGGGCUCACCCUGCGUUUGACCCAUUCAGCCCGCCCUGUGGUCACGGGUAAGUACCGCCUCCUCGCCAUUCACACAACGACCCGGGUCCACAAGUUUAUUUCUUUCCGUGUUCAGUUUUUUUCCUGCUGAUAUAGCGUGGUUGCCAGCUGGCUGAAGUAUAUAAUAUAGUUUGCCAUUACAAAGUCUUAACAGUAUCAAUAGCCCAAUGACGUGCUCCAGAUUUAGCACAUGCUUUGUAAAAAGCUAUGUCACAAACUGUUUUAAGUAACGCAUUAUUUGUCGAUUAAUAUUCACCGUUACAUUUACCUGUAACAACUGGUAACAAUUGGUUCUAAUAUAGGCCCACAUUUACAUGAAUAUGGUUUCCUUCAUUAAUAUAAAAGUUUCAAAACGUUAUUUCUGCUUGAGGGCAGAUGUAAGACUUGGAGCACCGAUUCAGGAAAUUUAGGGCAGUAGAACAUGUGACAAGUUCAAGGGUCGGUCAGCUAACCAUGCCGCGUAGAUUAGCCCAUGUCACCCCUUUCAAGCUGACCCGUGUCAAACCCACGUAAAUCCCAGGCUGUGAGCAGGGUGGCGGACCCGGGUCAGAUAUCGCGGGUUGGCCCUUUCACACCAACGGCAAACGCGGGUUUUACCCGUGUCAUUGAUUUGGUGUGAAAGGGGUAUUGGUUAGUCUCUAAUUUUGGAAGGGUUUUGUGAUGACCACAGCACACCACGGCAUAAGCUUAUGAAACCGUAUCAAUGCAUAACAGAAGCACUGCAGUGUAUUUUUGAGAUGCAAACCCAUGCAAUAACAUGUAUUCAGCUUCAACCAUGUAACUGACUAAGAGUCCAUGUCUCAGGUUGUAUGAGACUGUGUGCUGUUUAUUAAUUAAUUGAUUUCUGUGAUUGAAUCCAGAUUUGUAUCAGUCCGCAGUAACCGUGGCAACAAUUCUUUUCCAGAGCAACUCAGACAAAAGAUAUGUUUGGAGGGGUAAAAGGCUAUCACUGAUAUGGCCUACUGAGGGAAGAGAUUCUCUGACAUUCUAGAACUGUGAUUGACAGCUCUAAUCCUGGGGGGUUACCGCCCACUUCACUUUCCAUCUUGGCCUAAAUCACCUGUUUUAGAGGACUGGGACCGUUUGUCAAAACUAAGGUAGAAUUUUCUCCGCUGUUUGCAUAUAGCAGUUACCCGUCAAUAUUGUUCUCAUGUGGAACGGAAUGAAAUAGUUAAAAGAAGGUUUUAUGAACUUGAUUAUGGUUCCAAAACACGCAACAAAAAAUUUGUUUUUGCCUCGACAUUUUUCGUGAACGUUAAGAGCAAGCUUAAACCUUUUCAAAUUCACUUAAAAUCAAUGUAACUAGAGAAUUUCACAGUAAUUGCAACACCCGAAUCCUGUUCAGAAGGAAGUCAUCCCAGUUCUCUGAAACAAGGUACUGGUGGGAGUAUUUAUCAGCAGCUAACGGCCGAUUCCUCCCGUUCAUUCAUAGGGGAUUCUGGGUAAGAGUUGGGGGCGAAUGUCUCAGGUCACUUGUCUAGGGCCUCAGAGGUAGCACCCUCAGAUCUGGUCAUUGUGAUCGCCUCCUGCCUGCCCCAGUGCGGUGUAGAUCUGACAUCAUCCCGGUGUGCGUGAAGCAUGAGGAGAAAGAACAGAAAAGAUUCCCAGCCGUUAUUUCAGUUUGCCUAAAUCUCGGUCUGGCUGGGAAAAUACUGGAUUCGGCUCUGAGAAAGGAGGACAGAGGAACAAGUCACGGUGGACUUUGCUUUAAGGACUCAGCGGCCCCGUUCCAAAUGCUGGCCUUGAACCCUAAAGGGAGCUUGGAACGACAGUAACCCCAUGCUAGAAUCUGCUCUGCGUCAUUUCAUCCAAACCUGAGGUUGAAUUUGCCCUGGUGAUAACGGCGUGCGCCAGAAGCAGCUGCAAUUCCCGACAUGUUGUCUCUCGAGUGAGUGCGUUCAAUAAAAACAUAAAAUAACUCC